AUGCAACCAACAUUGACUAAAUUGGCCAACAGGGUCAUUCAAAAUCAAAGAAUAUUUCAAAAAUCUACGAAACCAUUAUGGUGGAGACAUCCUAAGUCGGCAUUCUAUCUAUAUCCAUUUUAUGGAUUAUUAGCUGUUGCUGUAAUUGCUCCAUUAACUUAUAUUCCAAAUGCUAUUAUGGGUAUUAAAGCUGAAAAGAGAGAGGCUUGA